AUGGCCAAGUUCGACUGGUUGACAUCCGUCGGGGCUACCAGGGAGGCCGUUGCCGUGCUCAACGACCAACCCAACCUCCUCGUUGACCUCGUCCUGGUACUCAUUGGUCUGGGAUUACAGUGUCUGCUGGUCUGGUACAUUCACUAUGCGACAAUGAAACCGGAGCAGAAGGAGAAGAGGAGGAAGCCAGCGACAGAUAACCCGAUGGGUGCGCAAGGACGGACAUGA